AUGCAGGCCACUGUUACUUUAGCAUACAUACUAUUAAAACAUUCAUUUGAUAGAAAGGAUGUGAUUGAGCGAACUGGAGGAGCAGAAUCAUUGGAAAAAUGUGUUCGAAAAGGCUUGACAGAUGCAAAUUCUAAAGUGAGAGAAAAGUGUCGAGAGGGAUUUUGGGCGUUUUAUGAGGUCUGGCCAGAAAAAGGAGAAAA